UCUCGUAGCAACGAGGUGAUCUGUUGCGUGUAAUAGCAUGAAUUGUUGGCCUUUUGCUUAUUGUAAAGGCUCUAAAUCCACCCUACAGGAGUUUGAUAUGGAAACCAAUAUGGCGGACCAUGUUGCAUUCGCCAAGCGUGUCCGCAAGUCUUUGUAUUAUGGAGAGUAUUCAGACGCUUCUUUGCCUUCGUUGUCGGUAACAGAUGUUGCUGUUGAAGUUCUUAACAAUUACGUACCACCAAAUCAAAGAAUUCUAGAUAGGCAGUAUGCCCACUCUGUUUCAAGGAGAGCCAAAAUUUCACCAUGUGCAUUGAUGAUGGGCAUGUUGUAUUCUGAACGAUUACGUCAAAAGCAUUCACUGUGGAGCAAAAAUCUCAGCUCCUCAGACAUAUUCUUAAUUUCAAUUAUGGUGGCAUCAAAGUACUUGUAUGAUGAGGGUGAAGAUGAAGAGGUUUAUAAUGAUGACUGGGCUAAAGCUGGUUUUAAGACUACYCAAGACAUCAACAAACUGGAAAGAGAUUUUCUUAGGAUGAUGGACUGGAACCUUUUUAUUAGUAAAGAAGAGUUUUCCAACUUUGUCAGUCAGAUAGAGUCCAGGGUGGCUAUUACCAAAGGUUUAUCCCGCGGAUGGUUGACAUACCAUGACAUGUUUGUUGUUCUUGGAUGUCCAAACAUCUUGAAGAUACUACUUSAAUGUCAGAAUCAGUUGCUAAAGACAAUCUCCUCAUGUCUGGCAGCAUAUAUCCUAGGUGUGUCCAUUCUACUUGGAUCUUCUACCCUUCUUCACCAAUCCCACACCACUAAAACCACUGCUCAUACAACAUACAACUGCCUCACUACUGAAGCUGAAUGUCUGUUUGCACGCAAYUUGAUUGAUGURUCGUAUGAUGAACCAAGGCAUCAUGUUAUUGCUGGUAGAAGGACAAGAAGUAGCCAAAGAGCKUUAUCYRCAUUAUGGCCAAGCAACAWCAGGAAAAACACAACAGGUUCUAGUACAAGACAGCAGAAAAUGUUUCUUAAUGUAGCUUCAUUGAGAAAAGAAACCAAUGAUGUUGAAAAUAUGAGAUUAAUGAAGAAUAAUCCAAGCAUUACUAUGUUCMYUGACUUUACCAAGCUUGUUUUAAUGACAGCAAGGGGAAAAUAUGACAGCGAACUAAUGUCUGGAUAUAYACGUCAAAAGCCAAGAAUAUUUUCAUGUGCAUUUACUGCAAAUCAAAACAGUUUGAACGAGUCAAUUGUAUAUACAAAACAGGGAUUUUGUAAUGGGUGAUGUUGGUGUGAUACCUGCAAUGAUGGCAGUCAAUCUCUGCCUAACAACUUUUAGAUAGAUUUAAAUUUGUAKUAUAGAUAUAAAUUUGUAUUGUAGAUAUAAUUGUUAUCAUGUUGGGUUUCAUUAUAAGUGAACUGUUAAAAUUAGUCCUUUUGGGUUUUGAAACCCAAUUAUUUUGAUCUUAUAUAUUUCAAGGGUUUUUAUUUCAAUUUUUGUGUAAAAAUUAGAUAAAUUUGUGCUUCAACUGUAAAAAUUUUAUCUAAAAUCACCAAAGUUAAACGAAUAAUUAAAAGCACCAU